AUGGUCAAAAUUGCAAUUGCUGGUGGCUCUGGCGGUGUUGGCCGAGAGGUCAUCGACGCACUCAUUGCUGCGAAUAAGCAUGAGAUCAUUGUCCUUACCAGAAAGGAUGCCUCAGCCAAUAAUCUUAUUCAAGGCAUCACUUGGGUAAAGGCCGACUACAGCGACAUCACCCAAUUAACCAAAGUUCUGCAAGGAGUGCACACUGUUCUCUCCUUCGUCACCGCGCAGGAUGAUCCCGCAAGCACCGUUCAGAAGAACCUCAUCGAUGCCGCUGUGCAGGCCGGAGUGAAGCGCUUCGCGCCGAGUGAAUGGGCCUCGUCCGGCUUAGAUUACCUGGACUGGUACGCUUACAAAGGCGAGACGCGCCGAUAUCUCCAAGAGCUGAACAAGGAAAGAAAGGUCCUCGAGUAUACUCUCUUCCAACCCGGCGUGUUCGUCAAUUAUCUGACCCAUCCACAUCAAUCGGCCCGCCACCUGCCCACGAUCGGAACUCCCUUUGAUUUUGCCAACCGCCGAAUGAUCUUGGUGGAUGGGGACGAUAAGGCCCGUCUCACCUGGACGGCUGUUCAGGACCUUGCUGGAGUUGUAGCUAGAGCUGUCGACUACGAGGGCGAGUGGCCGGUGGUUGGGGGUAUCCAGGGUGCUAAUAUCUCCGUUGGCCAACUCAUCGCUUUGGGAGAGAAGGUUCGCGGUGGGCUGCCCUUCACAAUCGAACGGGUGAAGGCGCAGGACCUUGAAGCCGGAACGUGGGAAACCUCAUGGACACCAACAGUGGAUCACGCUUCCAUUCCGCCCGAGCAGGCGGCAGUGGCUUCAAAACCAGGAGGAGGGUCCCCAGACAAAGCGGAGAAAAGUCCGCAAGGGCACGCGAAGUUGCUGGGAGUACGACGGGGAUCUACAUGCAUCAGUCAGGAGCUCCCAGACAGCCCAAUAUUUACAAGCAAUGACUCGGUUGAUGCUCGACUCGACCGAGUGGAGAGGUUCCUCGCACAGCUGGUUAGCCCGGGCGCUACCCAAGCUGUAUCUUCCGAAGAUCAUUCCGAAACUCCACCGACUUCUGGGACGUUAGACAAUCAUACGGAAUCUAAUCAAGAAGAACAUCCGUUACCAGUUAACAGCAUCACCACCGGCCAAUAUGUAUGCAUAAAUCGCGACCUUCUCGAGGCAUGGCCCAGCCAGAGGGAUCUGAACCAUAUCUACACCCUCCCUGUUGGAAUAUCAACGUACAUGAGCUAUGGAAUCUGCGCCCCUAACUUUACCUCCACAAACCAUGACCUACCAUCAUCCAAAGAAAUGCUCCAACUACCUCCACCGACCUCCCACCCCGUCCUAAUCGCCCGCAAACUACUCACUCUGGGAAUCUUCCUCCAAGGCAUUCCCCCAUCCUCCAUCCAAGCCCUAGCCGACCUAUCCAUCUCCCACCACGACAUCAUGUCCCGCGCCGUCACCCGCGCCACCAGACUAGUAACGACCAACGACGGACUCACCCCUUCCAUCGAAGGCGUGCAAUGCAUCAUGCUCGAAGCCCAAUACCAGAACUUUCUCGGAAACCUGCAUCAAGCAUGGCUAGCUACUCGUAGAGCCACUGCGAUCGCUCAAAUGCUAUCUCUCCACCGUGGACUCCCACCAUCAUCCCUAAAGACUCUCGACCCAGCCACCCGCAACACCCUAAACCCAGACUACCUGUGCUUCCGCCUCGUCGAAAUGGACCAUUACCUCUCCCUGAUGCUCGGCCUCCCGCCCACCUCCCUUGAGGCACGGUAUCUCUCCCCAAAAGCCCUAGAGACAUGCACGCCGCAAGACCGCAUGCACCGCAUACACUGCAUCGUGGCAGGACGCAUACUCCACCGCACAGACGGCGACAUCAAUAACCUCUCCCUCACCCAGGAUAUUGACUCCAUGCUCCAAAACGCAGCUGCUCAAAUGCCUCCCCAGUGGUGGCUCAUCCCAGACCUAUUACCCAGCCAUACUCCCAAAGACACCAUCCACAACACCCUCCGUCUUACUCACCACUUCACGCACUACCAACUCCUCCUCCGCCUGCACCUUCCCUACAUGCUCCGCUCAUCCCAAGAUACUACGGUGUACGACCAAAGCAAACUCACCAUCAUAACCGUAAGUCGCGAAAUUCUCUCCCGAUAUAUCGCUUUCCGCACCUCGGAUCCAGCGCAGUAUUACUGCCGUGGGGUGGAUUUCAUUGCUUUUGUAGCGACUACAGUGCUGUGUAUUGCGCACAUAGAUUCCCCCAGCAAUAUGCAACACGGGAAGGGAGCAAUAGCCACCUUCCUCGCGCAUAGCCGACCUAGUGAUCGCGGGAUGAUGGAGCGGACACUUUCGAUUAUUGAGGAUAUGGCGGGCUCGGGGUCAGGGACGGAUGAGAUUGCGGGGAAGCUGGCAGGUAUAAUGAGACAUUUGUUGGGGGUGGAGGAGAGUGCUGCUGGGGGUGUUGGGUAUGUGGCUAGGGAGGGGGAUGAGGAUAAGAAGGGAGGAGGAGGGGAGUAUGAAGGGAGGGUUGGGGAUGGAGGGAGUAGUUUGCAUGUUUAUAUCCCGUAUUAUGGGACGAUUGGCUUUGAGAGGAGUGAGGAGAACGACAUAGGGGAAGGUGAUGGUGGUGGUGGUGGUGGUGAAGGGUGGGAUUUGCAGGGUGUCGAUGUGGCGCUGUUUAACAGUUUGUUCCGGGAUAUGGCGGUUCCUGAUAUUGGGGAGGAGAGGUGGGAGGAGUGGGUUGGUGGGUAG